GUGCCUACACUUCCUGUUUCCGGGUUGCGUCACUGUGACGCACUACGUAGCACGUAGGACGUAUUCGCCACCCCGUCAGUUGGCGUAUGAUAACAAUAAACAACCCCGAAACAAGAGAAAGACACCGAGAGGACUUGUAGCUCAAUUUCGACGCAUAAAACUGUCGAAAUAUGAGCCGAGACGGCGGCAGACUGUUGGACUAGCGAGCCGUAGUCACGGGGGAGUCUUGUCGCACACGCAGAGGAUCUAUUUUUCGGACUUUUCAUGUAAAGCCCGAGAGAAGUGGAGUUACCGUUUGCCCCUUCCCUUUAGCCCCCAGCAGCUAGCUAGCUGCGGCUUAUUCCUGCCUUUUAGCUCGCUUCUCGCGUUCGCCUGUUAUGCAGUUUCCAGAGGGCUGUCGUCGCACUCCUGGUUCUCCUCCGCCGCCUCUUCGCUCCCUCUCCCCGCUCUCGCUGGCCCUAUGUCUCGCUGGCUUUUCCCCUGGUCAGGCUCAAUCAAGAAGCGGGCCUGUCGGUACCUCUUACAGCACUACCUCGGUCACUUUUUACAGGAGCGCCUGAGCUUGGACCAGCUGGGCUUGGACUUGUACAAUGGCAGCGGUGUCAUCAAGGAAAUUAACCUCGAUGUCUGGGCUGUCAACGAGCUUCUGGAGUCUCUCGGAGCUCCCCUGGAGAUAGUGGAUGGCUUUGUGAGCAGCAUCACGGUGACCAUCCCCUGGCAAGCUCUGCUCACUGAUCACUGCACCUUAGAGGUGUCCGGUCUCCAGAUCACAUGCAGGCCCAAGUACCGCACCGGCGGGGGCUGGGACUCCCAAGGCUGGUCGUCCAGCAUGACGUCCAGCAUGCAGCUGGCUCAGGAGUGCCUGAAAGACCCCCCGGAAGCAUCCGAGGAGCCGCCGGCCCCGCUGGAGGGGCUCGAGAUGUUUGCACAAACCAUAGAAACGGUGCUUCGUCGUAUUAAAGUCACCCUCCUGGACACCAUAGUCCGCAUCGAGCACCAGCCCCCAGACCUGGAAACAGGCGUUGCCUUAGAGGUGCACAUCAAACGGCUGGAGUACUUUGACGAGGCGGUGCGGGACCCAGCCAGUCAGACUGCCGUGCCUGUGGACAUCCACCAGCCGCCCGCCUUCCUGCACAAGAUCCUGCAUCUGAGUGCUGUCCGGCUCCUCUAUGACGGCAUGGGCGGGGCACAGGAGAUUCCUGAGCAGAAAAAAAAGGAGCCGGGCGCUGCCAGCGAAGGCGAUGAUGAUGAUGAUGAUGAUGAUGAUGAUGAUUCCGAAAAGGGGAAGCCCCUGGAGGUCUUCCUUUCCCAGCCGUUACUCAUCGGAAGCUGCUCCGGUUUCAUGGAGACCACGGUGAAGAUCAAGCAGAACGACAUGCUACCCGGACCAAAGUUGGAGUUGGACGGGAAGGUGGGCUGCGUCCACAUGCUUCUGUCCCCGGCUCAGAUAAGCCACCUGACAGACCUGCUGGCGGCUCUUUGCAUCGAGACAGAGUCGGAGGCCAAGCAUGGGGGCGGCGGGGGUGGCGGCGGGGGCGUGCACAGCCGCCCGCUGGACUCGGAUGACCUGCGUAUGAUCGAAGAAGACCUCAGCAAGCAGUUGGGCUCCAGUCCGCGGGACCGGGAGUGGGACGCCGAGUGUGACCUGGAGCCUUACGUCACCACCCUGGAGAAUGGCGAAAUGUUCUAUUCCAUGGGACCUGCCGGGAUGAGCAGCAGCGUGACGUCCGUGCGCUCCGGUAGCGAGCUGUCUGAUAGCGACAUGGAUUCUUCCACGCACUCGCUGGCCAGUCUCACUCAGCCUGCGGCGCUGGCCGCACAGGGCCUCAUCAACUGUCCCAGGCGUUACCCGGUAGCAGGCUGUCUUCCCAGUCUACCGCAGAGCAGCCAUCGAAGCCGAGGACGUUCCCGCAGCGGCCACGCGGAGCAGCUGAAGCCCGACGCUCUGCUGCGUCUGACUCUCGGCGGCCUCACCCUCACCAUGCUGCAGGAGGACCCGCCCCCGGGGCCGGACGCCGCGUCCUCGUUGGCUCAGGUGUCUCGGGUGUUCUUCAGGGAGCUGGCGUUCUUCAAGGACGGCAUGUUCGGCGAGCGGGACUUCCACAACCUGAGAGGAGGCUUCGCCAAGGCCUGCCCGCAUUCCCACCUCAGAGUGACGGGCGCGGCCGUGCAGGUUUUCUGUGAGAUGCGGAGCGGGCAGCGCAACAGUCGGGCGGUGACCUCCGACCUCUCCUUCAGCAGACUCGAAGUGUUGGAGUGCGUCUGGGAUAAGGGCACGCCCGAGUACAGCGAGUUGCUCCAAUUCCGGAAAGCCAGUAUGUUCACAGUCGGGGUGGCGGCCAAGCCGUGCGCCCAGCUCCACUACACCCUGACCGAGAGCCACCUGAGGAAGGGCAAACAGCGAGUGGCGCGGCGUGAAAGCGCGCUGCGAGUCGAGCUGGAAGAUCUCAGCGCCGAGUUGGACUUGAACGUUCUCGCUCGGUUGCGCAACCUGAGCGCGGCCUUCAGCCACAUUCCCGCCGAGAACGCCGCACCCGACGCCUUACAGACGCAGACCAUCGAGAUGUGCUCCUCCUUCUCCCUCCUCGCGCCGCACGCCGUCCUCAAGCUUCGUUUCCCCGUGCCGGACCUCCGCCCGCCAUCCGAGCGCCAUCCUCCCAACCGGAGAGCGGUGAGGGCGGAGACGCUGGUGUUGGAGCUCACCGAUCUGGUGCUCAAGCAUCAGGAGGCGCCCGACCUCCAGAGAGAGCAGCCCUGCCCGGGUCAGCUGACGGCGCCCAGCCUCACCCAGCUGCUGGAGGCGUCCUUCACCGACCUGCACGGAUCAUAUGAGGGCUGGGAGGGAGGUUCCUUCCCCUGCAUCACUGUGAAGAAAAGCCAUGACUCCAUGCCAAGGCUAUCCGUGCGAGUCCGAGGAGGCGAGAUGCAGGGCCAGGCGGCGGGUCUCGCCGGCUUGAACCUGGGCCUCGUUAGAGACCUGGGGGCCGCCUUCUUCGAAAGCCACUGCGAGCUCAACGACAAAACCAGUUCCCCGUUCUCGUCCAACCGCACCAUGUUCGAGACUGAGGAGAUGGUGAUCCCGGCCGACCCGGAGGAGAUGCGUCAGUUCCAGUCCCAGUGCGUGGCUCAGUGUCAGUGCGCCGUGGACGUUCGAUUCCCCCUGGCCUACGUCCUCCUGCCCAGCAAGCAGGCCUUCCAAAGCGUCUACAACAGGAUCAAUAACGACCUGCUGAUGUGGGAGCCGCCGCCCACUCCGCCCCCCCCGGCCCACGGCUCUGUGCACGGCCGCCAACAGCACGACGAGUUUCAACUCUGCAAGUCGGCCUUCCGGCUGGACUCGGACUCGGAGGAGGACGAACCUCAGUUCUACUUGGCCAGCGAGCCGUCGUCGGGGAGGACAAAGUCGGCGCUCCAGCCCGACCACAACCUCAGCCUCCUGUCCCUCACCGUGGUCAUCGGCAAAGGUCGCCUCCGAGCCCGGACGGACGAGAAGGAGGACCAGAGUCGCGGGGAAAUCGUGCUGGACCUGGAAGGCGGGAAGAUAUUCAGUGUCGCGCAGCACCAGAAUGACCCGAAUCUCAGUUUCCUGUGCGUGGAGAGUCGCCGGGUGGAGCUCUACCAUCGAGUCGUGAAAGACGCCGCUAUUCCUCACCGAAUAGAGAUGCCCAAGUUCAGCGCCCCCAAGCACUUGGACCCGACCAUCUACCCCACCGAGGUGGGGGUCAGCAGUGUGAGCGGCAGGGAGGCGGAGCCACAGAUGCUGUCCACGGCCAUCAAAAUCACACUGGACCCGCACAGGAACGUGAAGGAGUUUCUAGUCGCCCUUCGACUUCAGGGGGCGACCAUGCGGCAUUACGUCACGCAGACCAAUCACAGCUGGCACGAACAGCUUGUUGACUUCCUGGAUGUCAUCGAUGACCCGAUCCUGGGAUACACGGCCCCGGCUGUCAUCACCGUCCUCCACACACACUUAGCUACCUGCGCCGUGGACUACAGGCCGCUGUAUCUACCGCUACGAAUGUUGCUCACGGCGGAGUCCUUCUCUCUGUCCAGUAACAUCAUCGUGGACACGGCCACCUUCCACCUCAGAUUCAUCCUUGAUGACUCCGCCCUCUACCUCUCCGACAAAUGUGACAGCGACGUUGUGGACCUGAGGAGGGACUACGUUUGCGUCCUGGACAUUGACCUCCUGGAGCUCGCCAUCACCACGUGGAAAGGCAGCGACGCGGGCAAGCUGACUCAGCCCCUUUUCGAGCUCCGCUGCUCCAACAACGUGGUCCACCUCCACACCUGUGCGGACUCGUGCGCCGCCCUGGUCAACAUGCUGCAGUACCUUGUCUCCCAGGGUGACCUGCACCCCCCUCCCCGACACACCUCACCCACAGAAAUCGCCGGACAGAAGCUUCCGCUGUCCGAGAGCCCCGCGUCCGUGCUGCCUUGUCCUGCUGCUGAAACCACGGAGAUCAACCAGUAUGAUCUGACCGAUGCCUUAAUCGACACGGAGAAGAGCCACCAGGAGGAGAGGCUCGAUCCAGGCUCGCCCUCCAUGCCCAGAGGCUCGCCGGUCUCCGUCUACCUGUUCCCCGGCGAAGCCUCCAAGCACGACCUCUCCGUGCUCGAGGAGGAGGAGGACGACGACGACGACUCUGAGCUGGACGGGCUGGUCGCCACGGCGACGGAAGCGCACGCGGAUACGACGAUGGACGAAGGCUCCGAGGGCUCCACCGACAACGACGACUUUUGCAUCCUGGAGGCUCCCGGCAUGGGCAUACCCCCCAGAGACGGGGAGCCCACGGUGACCGUUCUGUCCGAGGGUCCCAUCCACGUGAAGGACAGUCACUUCUCCAGACCUCGAGGAAGCUCCGACCUGCUUCGCGCUCCCGGCCGCUUCCCGGUGCCCCAAAGCAGAGUAGUGCUGCGGGAGAUCUCCGUGGUGUGGCAUCUGUACGGCGGCAAGGACUUCGGCGCCAAGGCCUCGUCCGUACACGGCCAGCAUGCCAAUAAGGGUCGAGCCAUCCCGUCUGGCGUCCGAGGCUCCCCGUCUCGCUCCGUCGGCUCCUCCCGUCCGCAGAACUCCUGGAGGUGGGCAGGAGGUAGCGGGCGUCAGCACAGCCUCCUCAUGGAGAUCCAACUCACCAAGGUGUCCUUCCAGCACGAGUCCUACCCAACGGCGGCGUUGGCGGCGGCGGGUCAAGACAGCGACGCAUCCGUGUCCGCGGGAGUCGGCCCGGCCGGGGAGCAGCCUCUCUCCAGGCAGGUUUUCAUCGUCCAGGAGCUGGAGGUCCGAGAUCGUCUGGCCUCCUCGCAGAUCAACAAGUUCCUGUACCUCUACACCAGCGAGAGCAUGCCUCGACGAGCCCACUCCAACAUGUUGACCAUAAAGGCCCUGCAGGUCUGUCCCGAGUCUGGUCUUGGUGGUCCCGAGUGUUGUCUUCGGGUCAGCCUGCUGCCGCUCCGACUUAACAUCGACCAGGACGCGCUCUUCUUCUUGAAGGACUUUUUCAGCAACCUAGCUUGCGCUGUUAACCCCUACCAGCCCGUGGACCCUGCAGCUGAAGUGAAAGCGGACCCCUCCCAGAAGGCGUCGGAGGAAGCGGAGUCGGGCGGCGCCGGUCUGGGACUCGACCUCACGGCGUCCGUGGAAACCACUCACAGUGAGCAGAGCUCCUCCUCUGCCGGCUCCACGUCCUCUUCCGAGCAGCCGAUCUACUUCCGCGAGUUUCGUUUCACUUCCGAAGUGCCUAUCUGGCUGGACUACCACGGCAAACACGUGGUCAUUGAUCAGGGAACGUUUGCAGGAAUUCUGAUCGGCUUGGCUCAGUUGAAUUGCUCCGAGUUGAAGCUGAAGCGGCUGUGCUGCCGACACGGACUACUCGGCGUGGAUAAAGUGAUCCAGUACGCCGUCACCGAGUGGCUAACCGACAUCCGGAAGAAUCAGCUGCCGGGGAUUCUGGGAGGAGUCGGACCCAUGCACUCUGUGGUGCAGCUGUUCCACGGCGUCAGGGAUCUCUUCUGGCUGCCCAUCGAGCAGUACAGGAAAGACGGGCGCAUUAUCCGCGGUCUCCAGAGGGGGGCGGCGUCGUUCGGCACCUCCACGGCGUCGGCGGCGCUGGAGCUCAGCAACAGGCUGGUGCAGGCCAUUCAGGCCACGGCCGAGACGGUGUACGACAUCCUGUCCCCGACGCCGCCCCUCAACCGCUACGCCAUCGCCGAGGGCCGGGCCCCUCCCGUGCGGCCCCGCCGAGCCGCCCAGCCUGCUGACCUUCGAGAGGGCGUGGCUAAGGCGUACGACACCGUCAGAGAGGGGGUGAUCGACACCGCUCAGACCCUCUGCGACGUAGCGUCCCGCGGCCACGAGCAGAAGGGUCUGCCCGGCGCGGUGGGCGGCGUCCUGCGGCAGAUCCCGCCCACCGUGGUGCGACCUUUGAUCGUGGCGUCGGAAGCCACGUCCAAUCUGCUGGGCGGCAUGCGGAACCAGAUCAAACCCGAUGCGAGGAAGGAGGACUUCCUUAAGUGGCGGACGGAGGACUGCCAAGAAUGAUGAAUGAUGUUUUUUUUUUUGUUGUUUUUUUUUGUGGCGUCUGUGUGAGGAUGCAAGCGUGUGAGAAUGCGAGUUUUUUUUUUUUUUUUUUGAAAUUUUGCAUUUCUGUGUAGACCAGGGGUGGGCAAACUACGGCCCGGGGGCCACAUGCGGCCCACCAAACAUUUGAAUCCGGCCCGCCAGUUGCUUUUAAGUAUUUCAACUUUUAACAUACCAGCUGGCAACAUGACUUUCAAGUCGGAUGUCUUAUUCAGUAAAAAAAAAUAAAUAAAUAAAUCGUAGUUUGAUGUGGUCUGAUGUUUAAAGUGCUCCUGAAAAAAAGGAAACAAGAACAUAUAGCUGAUAGUAUGACAAUUAAAAUUAUACAAAUAAUUCAAGGCGUAAAAUUACUAAAAAUUAUUUAAAAAUUAUUAAAAAAUUAUUUUAAAAUUAUUAAAAAUUAUUAAAAAUUAUUAAAAAUUAUUAACAAUUAUUAACAAUUAUUAAACAUUAUUAAAAAUUAUUAAAAAUUAUUAAAAAUUAUUAAAAAUUAUUAAAAAUUAUUAAAAAUUAUUUAAAAAUAUUUAAGAAAUAUUUAAGAAAUAUUUAAGAAAUAUUUAAAAAAUAUUCAAAUUAUAAAAAUUAUUAAAAUUAUUAAAAUUAUUAAAAUUAUAAGCGUAAAAUCAUGUGUGUUAAAUAUAUGUUCUGGCCCCCCGCACAAUUUUGUUAACUGAAUGCGGCCCAUGAGUCAAAAAGUUUGCCCACCCCUGGACUGUAGACUAACAAAAAUGUUAGCGUGUGAUUGGAUGCAAAAAAAAAAAAAAAAAAGGAACACGAUGACUUAACACCUACUGCGUUUCCCCGAUGCCCAGUGUUGUGUGUAUGCGUUCCGUUCUUGAUUCAUGUAUGCAGCAGCAGGGACUCUGUGAGUCCCCCCCCCCCAUUACCCCCCCCAUACCCCCCACACCACCACCACCACCCCACUCAGUAUUGCACAGAAUCUCCUCACUGUUUAGUGUGUAACAUAUCGCCAUCAUGUUUUUUUUUUUUUUUCCACUUCAUGGACACGUUUGGCCGACGAGAUGUUGUGAUGAUGUGUAGUAGUCACCUCUGCAGACACACAAGCACCAGAACAACAGCUUUUAUUGCAGAUUUCAAGGAUGUCACAGCAGGCACAAUAAUCCCGAAAACAGGAUACUGCUGCCGUGGUAACCCACGGCAACGUCACUUUCUGUCCGCCCCCCAACUCAGCUCCCCCUUUUACAUCAACACACAAACAGGAACAACAACACUAGUUUUAUUUGUAGUUCAAAUGGCGCCCGGUUUUGAAUCAAAACUGAAACAAAACACGAGAAUAUUCCCAUGUAUUGUGCCAUAAGGCUUACAGAGUGACCUUUUUUUUUUUUUUUUUUUUUUUUUUUUAUAA